UAAUUCCUUUACCUGUGAUUUCCCCCAAAAAUUCGAUUCUAGGGUUUAAUAGUUUCGCAAAACAAUGUCGAAACGAAAAUUCGGAUUCGAGGGCUUCGGAAUCAAUCGCCAAGCUACCUACAACUUCGAGCGCUCACAGCAGCCUCAGCGCUUGUACGUUCCUCCUUCCUCCCGCGGCGGCGACGAAGACGACGACAUCGACAAUAUUGAGUAUGCCGACGAUCGUGAAGCUGCGAACGACGUGGUUUCGGACAGUAACAACGGCGCAGCGGCCGAAGACGACGAAGUUGAUCCUCUCGAUGCGUUUAUGGAAGGGCUGCAGGAAGAGAUUAAGGCUGCUCCGCCGCCCAAGGCCAAGGAUAAGCUGGAUAAGUACAAGGAUGACGUCGAAGACGAUCCAAUGGAGAGUUUUGUGAUGGCGAAGAAGGAUUUGGGGCUACAGUUGGCCGCGGAUGCGCUGCACGCUGGUUACAAUUCAGACGAGGAGGUUUAUGCGGCGGCUAAGGCGGUGGAUGCAGGGAUGCUUGAGUAUGAUUCUGAUGAUAAUCCUGUUAUUCUCGACAAGAAGAAGAUUGAGCCGAUUCCUCCGCUUGAUCAUAGCUCAGUUGAUUACGAGGCGUUUAAUAAGGAUUUCUACGAGGAGAAGCCUUCUAUAUCAGGUAUGAGUGAGCAGGAUGUGGCGGAAUACAGGAAGACCUUGGCUAUCCGUGUUUCUGGUUUCGAUGUACCACGACCUGUUAAGACUUUUGAAGAUUGUGGAUUCUCUGUGGAACUAAUGAAAGCCAUAGCAAAACAAGCAUAUGAAAAACCUACACCAAUACAGUGCCAAGCUUUGCCUAUUGUACUUUCUGGAAGAGACAUAAUUGGAAUAGCAAAAACGGGCUCAGGAAAGACUGCUUCAUUCGUGCUUCCUAUGAUUGUCCAUACUAUGGAUCAACCUGAGCUAGCUAACGAAGAAGGCCCCAUUGGAGUGAUAUGCGCACCUACUAGGGAAUUGGCUCAUCAAAUAUAUUUGGAAGCUAAGAAGUUUUCCAAAUCUUGUGGUAUCCGUGUGGCUGCAGUUUAUGGUGGGAUGUCGAAGCUUGAUCAAUUCAAGGAACUGAAGGCAGGGUGUGAGAUAGUUGUAGCUACUCCAGGUAGAUUGAUAGACAUGAUUAAAAUGAAGGCGUUGACCAUGCUGAGGGCAACCUACUUAGUACUUGAUGAAGCUGAUCGAAUGUUUGAUCUUGGUUUUGAGCCUCAAAUAAGGUCAAUAGUCGGUCAAAUAAGGCCAGACCGUCAAACAUUACUCUUUUCAGCAACUAUGCCUCGAAAAGUUGAAAAGCUUGCUAGGGAGAUUCUAUCUGAUCCUGUAAGAGUAACUGUAGGAGAGGUGGGUAUGGCCAAUGAGGAUAUUACCCAAAUUGUCCAUGUGAUGCCAUCAGAUGCAGAAAAGUUGCCCUGGCUUCUCGAGAAGCUUCCUGUAAUGAUAGAUGAAGGUGAUGUUCUGGUCUUUGCCUCAAAGAAGGCAGCAGUUGAUGAAGUAGAAGCACAACUGCUUCAGAGAGGUCUUAAGGUAGCAGCACUUCAUGGUGAUAAGGAUCAGUCUUCUCGUAUGGAGAUAUUACAAAAAUUCAAGUCUGGAAUAUACCAUGUACUUGUUGCAACUGAUGUUGCUGCUCGAGGUCUUGAUAUCAAAUCCAUUAAAUCUGUCGUCAACUUUGACAUAGCUAAAGACAUGGACAUGCAUGUACAUCGCAUUGGAAGGACAGGUCGUGCAGGGGAUAAAGAUGGAACUGCAUACACCCUGAUAACGCAAAAGGAGGCAAGAUUUGCUGGUGAAUUAGUUAACAGUUUGAUUGCUGCUGGUCAAAAUGUAUCCCCGGAGCUCAUGGAUCUUGCUAUGAAGGAUGGGCGGUUCAGAUCAAAACGCGAUGCACGAAAAGGAGGUGGUAAAAGAGCUAAAGGAAGGGUAGGUGGAGGUGGCGGUGGCAGAGGAGUUCGUGGUGUGGACUUCGGUUUGGGCAUCGGGUAUAAUACCGAAUCAAAGGCUGAAUUAACCCCUGCACCUAGUCGUUCUGCGACAGUUAACUCACUGAGGACAGGGGCAAUGGCACAAUUUAGAAGCAGUUUCGUACCUGCAUCAUCAACUUCCCAGGAUCAAUUCAGUACAGGUUCACGACCCAAUAAUCGGCCUGUUUUACGCGGCUUUGUAUCUGGUGGGACUAUUGGGGGUGAUAUUCCUCCCGUAAAAGUACAGAGUGUGACACCUACAACAUCUGCGUCAAACAAUACCCCAAACUCGGGAGAAAUCGGAAAGCAGACACAUUCUGAAAGAGACAACAAAGCAAGAGAAAGACGAAGGCCCUCUGGCUGGGAUCGUUAGUGCAUGAUUUUGUUGCAAGAAGUUUGUAUUUCUUGUAAGUGCGUUCCUCGAUCGAUACAAUGUAUUAGCAAAGUUCCUUAUACGUAAUUAUCAGUGAGCGCUGUGUGUAUCA